AUGGCGGGAAAAGGUACGGAGACAAGAAAGGCAGGAAGACCGACAAGGCUGAGGAAGGAGAUUGAAGAGAAACAAAGGCUUUUAGAGUUUACGACGAGAGGAAAUGAGAUUAGCAAGACGGAAAAGAAAAAGGUGACUAUUAUGGGAAUGGAGACAAGAAGAAGACGAGGGGUGGAGGAUGAUACAGAAGGUACAGAGAAGAGAAGGUCGGAGUCAGAGUUUGAGCUAGAGAAAAAGAGAUUCAAAGAGUUUUUGGAAGAAUGGAGAAAGAAGGAGCAAGUUCAGGACAUCAAGAUAAGGAUCUUAGAAGAAAGAAUAGAUGAAAUAGGUAAAAUAGUCAAAGAAAUGAAAGAAAGAGAGGAAGAGAGAGAGGAAUAUUGGAUGGCGGAGAGAGAGGAAAUGAGCGGGAAGAGUGUAGCAAGUGCAGCGAGUGCACUAAGCAGGGAUAUGAACAGCCACAUAGGCUCUGCGUCAGACAAAAGUGUAGACAGGUUAAGUGUACGAGAGGUUCAUAAAAUAAAAAGUCUCAUUUCCGACAAAGAAAAAGAGGACAGAAAGAAAAAUGUAGUCGUGAAAGGGAUAGUAGAGGAUAAAGAACUAGAAUUGAUAAAGGAGGACCCGAAGAGGUGGGCGAAAUUCUUCUUCAAGAGUAAGCUAAGGCUGGAUUGCAAUGUAGUGCAAGGUAAAGUAAGCGACAAAGUUGUUGUAAUCAAACUAAGUAGCGAUGAAGAAAAGAAGGCGGUAAUGGAAAAUAAAAACAGAUUGAGAGGAGAGAAGAUAUUUAUUCAACACGACUUGACUUGGGAAGAGAGAAAAAUCCAGGAGGAAAUCUAUAAAUGGGUAAAAGAAAAGAGAGAAAAAGGAGAGGAGGUGAAAAUAGGGACAGGAAAGGUAAAGAUCCAAGGAAAGUGGAGACAAUGGAGGGACAUACAAAGGGAAAUGGAGACAGAAAAAAGGAGAGAGGAAGAAAGGAAGGAGAUGGAGGGUAAGAAGGAUGCAGAGGAGGAGAACUAG